AUGAGGGUGCGUGUGAUUUACGACUUUAUUGCUCAAUGGAAUGGUGAGCUAACUGUUAGUACUGGAGAGGAACUCACAAUCACGAAUCAAAAUGUUGGAUCAGGGUGGUGGCAAGCAGUCAACGAAUUUGGAAAGGAAGGUCUCAUUCCAUCAGAAUUUGUUGAAAUUAUUGAGUUACCAGAACCACUAACCCCACCUCCUCCUCUGCCUGCUACUGAAUUCGGGAAGGAGGUUGAUCGCUAUGAUGAAUGGGAUGAUGAGUGGGAUAGUGAUGAAAUUGAUCUUCCCAGUUCGAACAAAAAACCUAAUGACCAAUAUCAACAACCAGUUGAAUGCAGUACAUCGCAAACCGGAGGCAAGCAGAGGGACCCCCUUGUGUCAGCGUCUAAUAAUGUUGAUUACGUACGCAACGCACUUAUACGAAGGUUUUUUCACAGAUCAUUCAUCCGUAAUGGUUGUGAAGAUUUUUUACUGGGUCUUGAUCCACCACCUUUUCCUCAGACCGAAGCUAAUAUUGAUUAUGUAUGUGAUUCUUUCCAAUGGCGUCGUUUGUCAUCCGAUCUCACCAGUUGUAUUUCAUCGUUUCGUAAAGAUUCAAAAAUGAAGGGGAUUAAAAGUUUUAUCACCUAUCAAAUAACUAAUUCAGUUACUCAAAAACAAGUCAGUAGAAGAUAUAAACAUUUUGAUUGGCUUCAUUCCCGUUUAUUAUCAAAAUAUCCAUGCAUUUGUAUCCCACCAUUACCGGAGAAAGCCAUUACAGGUCGAUAUGAAGAUGACUUUGUUGAUGAACGUCGUAAAUGGUUACAACAAUGGUUAACUCGUAUGUGUAAACAUCCGGUUGUAUCUCAUAGUUCAGUAUUUAUUCACUUUCUUACUUGUACUGAUUUCAAGAAAUGGAAAUUAGGCAAACGUGAAGCAGAAACUGACAAAUUACAAGGUUUACGUUUUUAUUUUUCAGUGGAAUCAAAAAGUGGACAAACACCUCAUGACUAUACAGUUGAAAAAGCGGAAACAGCUGAGUCAUUUUUAGCUGAUUUGGAUAGAUCAACUAAAUUUCUAUGUGAAACAGUCGUUGAAUAUAAUCGGAAAUUAAGUAUUACUACUCGUAAAGAAUUUUCCAAACUGUCAAUGGCUUUUCUUAACAUGAGCAAAGCUAUUGAAUCGGAUGUUCAUACAAAACAAUUAAAUACAAAAUUAUGUGCUUCACUAACUGCUACUGGCAAUACAUUCAGAAACGUAUCAUGUAUCCAUGCAAUCCAGUCAGAAGCAACAACCAAUCUCCAAGAAUGCUUAAAAGAAUUCACUCGUCUACUGCCUAAUACAUCAACUAUUAUCAGUCUAGCUAAAGCUGCAUGUCUUACUGUUGACGAAUUAAAUCGUUGUAAUACCGAUGAACAAAAAUUAUGUCAAUCCGAUGUGAAUCGAAUUCAAUCUGGUGCAUUAUUGAUUACACGUUCUGUUCAAGCUGAAUGUAAUUUAAUUAUGAAUCAAAUUCGUGAUGAAUGGAUAAAUAAAAUCAAAGACUAUCUUCAUGAUCAAGCACGUUUUUAUCAUCAAAUUGCGGAACAAAUAGAACGGGCCGCGCAAUCUUUUGAAAUCAACUGA